UUUCUUCUCUCUGUGUGUGUAGAAGAAACUGUGGAUAUUGCUCAUCUUCUUUUUAAUUCUUCCCAUUUAUGUCCAUACUUAAUUUUUGGAUAAGUUACUAAUUUUGCCUAAUACUUCUCAUAAACGCAUUUAUAUCCUCCUGUUCGUUGUAUCUGAUUUUAUCCACUUGACUAACAUUUUGGAACUUUGUUAAUGUAUCUGCUUUUUAAGGGUUCUGAUACUAAAGUUUGGAUUUUUAAACUAAAGUUUGGAUUUUUUUUUUGUAUUCAUGACCAUUUUCAGAUCCAGUAAUAGCUGAGAUUAUUGGAAAAAAAAUGGAUGGUAAUAUGAAUUUCAAGAACAACAAUUUGGGAAAUGAGCCACCAGGAGAUGGUGGUGGUGGAGGAGGGUUGACUAGACAAGGUUCUAUAUACUCGUUGACGUUUGAUGAGUUUCAGAGAAGUUUAGGGAAAGAUUUUGGGUCAAUGAACAUGGAUGAGUUGUUAAAGAACAUAUGGAGUGCUGAAGAAACACAAGCCAUGGCUAGUGGUGUGGUUCCAGUUGUUGGUGGAGGUCAAGAGGGUUUGCAGUUGCAGAGGCAAGGCUCGUUGACUCUGCCUCGAACGCUUAGUCAGAAGACAGUUGAUCAAGUUUGGAAAGAUCUAUCUAAAGUUGGAAAUAGUAGAGGAGAAGGAACAAACUUGUCUCAGGUGGCUCAGGCUCAGAGUCAGAGUCAGGGUCAGAGGCAACAAACGUUAGGUGAAGUAACUCUGGAAGAGUUUUUGGUUCGUGCAGGUGUUGUGAGAGAGGAAGCUCAGAUUGCUGAGAAUAAUAAAGGUGGUUACUUUGGUAAUGAUGCUAACACGGGUUUCUCUGUCGAGUUUCAGCAGCCUUCUCCACGAGUUGUUGCAGCCGGUGUAAGGGGAAAACUUGGUGCAGAGACUGCGAAUCAUUUACAGGUUCAAGGUUCUAGUUUGCCUCUGAAUGUAAAUGGAGCUAGAUCAACAUACCAGCAGCCGCAACAGCAACAACCAAUCAUGCCUAAGCAGCCUGGUUUUGGUUAUGGCACACAAAUGGGUCAGCUUAAUAGUCCUGGGAUAAGAGGUGUGGGUCGUAUGGGACUUGGAGAUCAGUCUUUAACGAACAAUAUGGGAUUGGUCCAAGGUGCUGCUGCUGCAAUUCCUGGAGCUUUGGGCGUUGGUGCUGUAUCUCCUGUUACACCAUUGUCAUCAGAGGGGAUAGGGAAGAGUAAUGGUGAUUCUUCAUCGCUCUCUCCGUCUCCUUACAUGUUUAAUGGUGGUGUGAGAGGCAGAAAGAGUGGGACUGUGGAGAAAGUUGUAGAGAGAAGGCAAAGGAGAAUGAUAAAGAAUCGAGAAUCAGCUGCAAGGUCACGGGCCAGGAAACAGGCUUAUACCGUGGAGCUUGAAGCUGAAGUUGCAAAGUUAAAGGAAGAGAAUGACGAGUUACAACGAAAGCAGGCAAGGAUCAUGGAAAUGCAAAAGAAUCAGGAGAUGGAGAUGAGGAAUCUUCUGCAAGGAGGUCCAAAGAAAAAGCUGAGAAGGACAGAGUCAGGACCUUGGUGAAUCAAUCAGUGCUCAUACUUAGUUUCUGUAGAUAAAAUCACAUCCCACUUAGGUGUUUAGUUGAAGAAGACAUAAUAGAUAAGAGCUUUCAUCGUU